CUCGUCACACCAAAUCAUUUUUGUAAAUCCCAUUGCGGAACUUAAAACAUACGAUGGCUGAAUAGGUUUCCCUUGCAUGGAAUAUCUGUACACUGACACGGAUGGAUCCAGAACCAAGUACUCCUGAAAAGGACAAAAAUGUUGAGUUCCCUAAUUAAUAAUAUGGAUAAGACUGUUAAAAGUCUGCUGAGGUUAUCGUUAACCUUCCGUAAUAUUAAAUUUCUACCAAAUCAUGCCACAUCGGAAAGAUUAAUGAAAACUACAGCAGUAUGUUAUAUCAAUAAUAGAGAGUCACAGGAAUAUACAGCAACAGAUUCUGCAUAUCGAACACCCGAUCAACUGAUCAGAAACAUACAAUAUUCAAAAAACUCGAAUGAUGUUCUUGCAUUAAUAGCAAAUCAUUAUAGAACAAUGAAUGUCCAGCAUGUUCGAACUGCAGCAGACUUCUUACUUAAUUAUUACAAACAUGAUUACGAUGCUAUUGAGAAAAUUCGAAACACAAAAGAAUUUUCACUUUUGUGUGAAGCUUUAAAAAGAAAUAUUAGAUCAUUGUCAACAUCUGAAACAAUAGAAAUGUUGAAGUUCUUAUCAUUUUUUAAAGUCCCAAGUAAUAGCGUAGUUUUCAAUAUGUUGCUCGUAAUAGUAAAAGAUUUAAUUAACCGAUUAUCGAUGUGGGACUUGAUCUUUUUACAUUUCUUAUUAGGACAGAUACAAGAAACUCCCUUAAUUCAAGGGAUUAAAAUAGCUUUGCCAAUUGUUUUCGAUAUAAAUGUACCUACUAAGCUUGACAGACAGAAUGUUAAUGAACUAGCCUCUAGUUUAAGAUUUCUGUGUACUACAGCAAAAAAUUCAAAAACCAUAGAAUUCCUUUUGGACAAUGUAAAAAACAAACCAUUGAAUGUAAAAGCAGCAAUAGACUUGUACAUAGCUUUAUACUCAUUAGAAUAUCUGCCCGAGAAGUAUAUUCCACUUCUAACGAGUUCACAAAACAUAAUAGCAAAAGAAUUGAAGAAACCUACCAUUGGCACCAUUGCAAACCUUCUACAUCUCAUGCUCGACAAGCGGACCGAGAGGCAACCAGUGUUUUACCAUGAAGGGGUUAUAGAUGCUUGUGCAGCAGCUGUUAUAACAAAUGGAAUGAGCUUUGUACAAGGAGCUCGUAUACUUUGUAUUUUGAAUUAUCUGCAUCAUACGCAUAUUCAACUAUUAGAUUAUCUGGCAACAAAAUGUUUCGAGGAUCCAAACUUAUUGACCACUUGUGCUCCAAAAAUGGUUGAAAGCUUUGUACAGGGAUUAUCUAUGGCCGACUAUAAACCCAUAUUUUGGGAAAACAUACAAUCAGCAAUAAUAAGCAGUCGAAUAUUUGAAAGAAUUGAAAAAAUGGACUGCGAUUUGACAAGAUUUGCUGUAAAUCUGUUAUGCUUGGAUUGCUUUCUUCCAGAGCUUCUAGAUAAAAUCUUUCGUCCAUCUAAUGGUGAAUUGAAAGUCAAUAAGGACAUUGUACUAUUGUAUCAAGCCGUAAGAGCUCUGUAUCCCAUGUACGGAGGUCAAUGGUUUUCUAUAGACCUGUCUAACUCCGAAGGCAUCCAUUACCACAAAUCAUGGUUUAUAAUGCAGGACACGCUAGAACAAGCGUUAGGAGGUCGGCAGUAUGUUCUAACUGCAAUGCGCACAAAACUUGGACAUUUCAUUGAUCAUGCCAUUGUAAUGAGAAAAGGGGGAUAUCCAGUGGCUGUGAACACGCUUUCAGAAACGUGUUCUGGCACAACGAACACUUUACUCAACCAAUGUAUCGAAGACAUACAGAUUCCAUUGGGAAGUCAAGUGAUACUCAUUUUGUAUUUGUCAGGAGGAGCAUAUAGUACCAAUACGUCCAAUUUACAUGGAGGCUGGUCUUUAAUGAUAAGAAGCAUAGAGGCAUGGUCUGGUCACAAGGUUGUUAUAGUUCGUUCACAACUGUGGAAAGAUCUUCCUGCGCAAGAAAGAAUUCCAUAUAUCAUGCAGGCAAUAAAACUAAAGUGUGACAAUGAAACGUCGCUUGCUCAUGGAUAAUAUGGAAUGAAGCUUGACUUUCAUUGACUGUACAAUAUGUUAUCCACUUGGCAGUGCUGAUUAAAUUCUGAAAGAAGAUACAGAGGUCGAUAGCCUUAUCUUUGGAUAAUUUUUUGCAAGUGAAUCCCACUAUGUAGGAUCGUGAACGGUGCUAAAGAAUAAUGGGAAAUGCUCAUUGUAAUAAGCACCUUGUAUAUUCACUGUCAAGAUAAAGGUAUUUGGACGCAGACGAUAUUUGUACGACAGAAUGAUAUUUUUACUUGUCGUUUGCAUAUAAUCACCUUGUUUUUUCAAAUUGUAUCAGUUGUAUACAGACUUGCUGUAAUGCAGCAAGCAAUCAUUAAAAACAAUUGAAUUCACUGUA